GCUGGACUAUCUUGUGCGUCUUCAAAACACGUUGAGGGGGCGGGUCCGUCUGAAUCAGCGCUUGAACGCUGCACAUUCUCUCGAGCUACACUGACGAACACCACGUCAAUCAGCAGACUAAUAAUGAGGUCAAAGAGUCAAGCACCAAAUGCUUUCAAUAACACAGAGAGGGAGUUUGGAGGAACCCUAGGUGCCGUUUGCAUCCCCAUCUUUCUGCCAUUGACGGUGCUUUACCUGAUUUGCGUGAGUCGAUCUCCUGAUGCAGCUCUACUCCAAUGGCCCCCGCCAUUGCCCUCGCUUGACCAGCUAUGGGACCCUUUGGCUCCCUUCCUCCUGCUGGGCUGGAUAGCUCUGCAUGCGCUUCUAUAUUUGCUGCCAUUAGGAAAGAUAUCUGAGGGAUUAGUGCUGACGGAUGGAACACGUCUGAAGUAUCCCAUAAAUGGUCUUCAUAGCUUGUGCAUCAGUAGUGCCUUACUGAUGUUGCUACUGAUGUUCGGGGCUCCUUUGGGGCAUCUGUUCCAGCUGAUGUUGCCUCUGGCUAUGUGCGCAAUAGGACUGUCCUUCAUGCUUUCCAUCUACCUCUAUGUUUGUUCUUUUUGGGCUCCUCCUCAUGCUCUUGCUUUGGGGGGCAACACAGGUAAUCCCUUGUAUGACUUCUUCAUUGGACGGGAGCUAAACCCUCGCAUAGGUCAUUUUGACCUUAAAUAUUUCUGUGAGCUUAGACCAGGUCUGAUUGGCUGGGUGCUCAUCAACCUUGGUAUGCUGAUGCAAGAAGUGGAGCGCCGAGGCUCCCCCUCACUCGCCAUGAUCCUAGUCAACAGUUUUCAGUUGUUGUAUGUGGCUGACGCUCUGUGGAACGAGGAGGCAGUUUUGAGCACGAUGGACAUUGUGCACGAUGGUUUUGGUUUCAUGCUGGUCUUCGGUGACCUGACCUGGGUUCCCUUCACAUACAGCCUUCAGGCGGCCUUUCUGGUUGAACAUCCUCAAGCUCUAAGUCUACUGAAAGUUGCAGUCAUAAUAACUCUAAAUGGUAUUGGAUAUUACAUUUUCCGAAAAUCCAACUCGCAGAAGAAUCAAUUCAGGAGAAACCCUACACAUCCAAGUGUUGCAAGGCUGGAGACCAUCGCCACAGCAACAGGGAAACGUUUGCUGGUGUCUGGUUGGUGGGGUCUUGUCCGUCAUCCCAAUUACUUGGGUGAUCUCCUCAUGGCUUUGGCUUGGUCUUUGCCUUGUGGAUUCUCACAUCUUCUGCCAUACUUUUACGUGAUUUAUUUCACCAUCUUGCUGAUUCACCGCGAAGCUCGUGACGAGAAACACUGCAGAGCCAAAUAUGGACUUGCAUGGGACGCAUAUUGUCGACGUGUCCCCUACAGGAUCGUCCCUUACGUUUAUUGAAGAGUCAAGAAAGCAAAAUGGUGCCUUUGGAACAUUUUCACAAAUUUGAUUCCAUUUCCAUUCUUGGUAAUAUUUUGGGGUUGUUGUUUUUUUGAGUCGUAAUUUUGAUGUCCCUUUUGACCUGUAUGUAAAAUAAAUAUGUACACUGACACAAAGCAUUUGGAUCAAGAAACAAAAAGUCAAAUUCAGUCCAAAAGAUGCCAAAGUUGUAAACAUCUGUUGAUCCUCGCCGCUCUUCUAUUAGCAGAUAUUUAUGCAUUUAUGUUCCCCUGGCUGAUUGCAAAUCACAUCGGAUGAAGAGAACAAAUAUGAUCAGCACGAGUCGUGCAAAUGGAGUUGAGAGUGCACUGUGUUGAUGGACACCUUCAUUUGUCACCUCUGUGCACCCUCUUAAGCCGCUGGCUUCGCCCACACCUCACUCAAGCUAUUUUCUGCCUUCUUUUAAAGUGCUGAUGACAAACAUGCUGAGAAGUGACGCCCGCUGUCGAAAUGGAUGGAAUUAUGCAAUAUUCUUUGCUGUCCAAUUUUUGUCACAAUUUGAACAUCAAUAUCAGCUUUGUUCCCAAUUCACUACUGUUCCCGUUUCAUGUCUGCACAGCUUGAAUAGCAUUGGACAUCCUUACAGUGUCUUGUGUAAUAAUGAAUUAGCGAUUCAGUGCCACCGUGCGUAUGCCAAUCUUAUCGUUUGGAGCCCUGCAGUUGUAGCCAGUUUCCAUGGCAACGUGUCUGUGAGAGCACAGACGUAGGACGAGAGGGGAAAGGCGUUGAGACGGUUAUGGCGGUGUGGAUGGCGAUGAAAAAGGAAGAGCCCAGGAUGAGUGUGAAACAGAUGCAGCUGGUGUGUGUGUGUGUGUGUGGAUUGUGCAAUAACUAAGCAUCAUUGUUGUUAUGCUAUUCAUGAGUGUACAUAUCUGCAUGCACAUACAUUCAGUCAAUACGUACGUAGCAAUGAGCUUACUGCCAGGGAAUAUUUUUCAAUGUUACGUUGAGUGAGGGAGUCGGAGGGAGUCAACAGGAAUGUCUCAUACCAUUUUGUUUCCAUGGUGACAGUGGAGUAUGAUAUGUCCUUUUCAGACAGAGGAAAGUAUCCGCUUGUUGCAAGUUGAUUACAAUUUAGACAUGCCAUGAAAUUACUGAAUUACUCUAGUUGGAAAUAAAACGUGUAAAAAAAAAAAUAAUUAAAAGAUUCAAGGGGAAUCUCAAGUACAAAAAAAAAAAUGUUUUAUGUGGCGCCACAAGUCUAAUCAUGGCCAUCUGAUUAAUAUUGAGAAUUGUUCCUCAGUUGGGUCAUGUGACAUUCGCAAGUUGAGCCUUAGGAACUGUGAUGUCAUUUUCAAUCG